GGCUCAUCACGGGGCCGGAACCCGGAGCCGCCGGAGCCGCUGCCGCCCCGGGCCCAGCGCUGCCCCAGCCCGGUCCGGAGCCGCGCCGCUCCCCCCGGGGCCGCCAGAAUGUCCAACAUGGAGAAACACCUGUUUAAUUUGAAGUUUGCUGCAAAGGAGCUCAACAGGAACUCCAAAAAAUGCGACAAAGAAGAAAAGGCUGAGAAAGCUAAAAUUAAGAAGGCCAUCCAGAAGGGGAACAUGGAGGUGGCACGGAUCCACGCGGAGAACGCCAUCCGCCAGAAGAACCAGGCCAUCAACUUCCUGCGCAUGAGCGCCCGCGUGGACGCCGUGGCAGCCAGAGUCCAGACUGCUGUCACCAUGGGCAAGGUUACAAAGUCGAUGGCGGGGGUGGUGAAGUCCAUGGAUGCUACCUUGAAGAGUAUGAACUUGGAAAAGAUAUCUGCACUAAUGGACAAAUUUGAGCAUCAGUUUGAGACACUGGAUGUUCAGACACAGCAGAUGGAAGACACAAUGAGCAACACUACAACAUUAACAACGCCACAGAACCAAGUGGACAUGCUCCUGCAGGAAAUGGCAGAUGAAGCAGGCCUUGAUCUGAACAUGGAACUACCUCAAGGACAGACAGGUUCUGUUGGUACAAGCGUGGCCUCAGCAGAACAGGAUGAGCUGUCACAGAGACUGGCCCGCCUACGUGAUCAAGUCUAACUGAACAGAGCUGCAGUUCUUUGGACCUGCUUCCAAAUUCCCUGUCUGGAACUAACCCUGCACUACACUCGAGGUGUAAAACAGUCCAGCUUAGGUGUUUGAAUAUUUGUAAUAUAGAGUACUUCACUCCCAGCUUGCUACUCUUUCUGAAAUACAUUAAGUGACCCAAAAAUAUCAGCUCUAAUGUCCUUUUCUGUACAUUUGGAAGUUGAUCUAUUUUUUUGCAAGCUUUUUUCACAAAUUCAAGUUGAUGUUCUAAGUCAGCUACUAAUGGUGGUACAUUCUAGUUCCAGGCAAAGCAAAGUGUCAGAUAUAUUUUAAAUUAUGAAGUGAUUUUUUUAAAUUAUGAGAACUGUUUCUGGUUGGAGAACUGAUGGAUCAGUUCAGAUGAUUGUUGUAGAUAAUUUUCCUACAGAGCCAAACUCCUGGAACACGCAGGGAUGGACAGCAUGGACCUCCUGGGAAAUGCACUUGUUGAAAAAAAAUAAGUGGACUUCGAGAUUUUUAGUCUUUAAAAUUUAGGAUAAAUGUGCUGAAAUUAACAGUUUAGUUCAAAAAUGAGUUACCAAAAGCUGAUUUCAUAUUACUGGGGACUUGUAUGGUGGCAUCACUUCAGCACAGGAGGAAUAAAGUAUAUUUUUGGACUCUUUGCCAUAUCUGUUGCUCUCUGCAGAUAACAUCACAUUGUUUUUAAUAUUCUAGUUGUAUGGAGGAGCUAAUUCUAUCAAUCCCUUUAUAUUUCUGCAUAGUAAGAGAGUGGCUGCUCUCAGUAGCUUCAAACUCUUGUUGCAGUUGUAAAAUAAGAAAUGGUGGUAGAAAGUUGUACCUGAGACCAUUUGUCAUAUAUUGUGAUAAACAGUGAUGUUCAAAUUCUCUUCCUGAUUUUUUUUUUUUGACUCAUUUUUAUUUUUUGUCUUUGUAGGGGUGAGGGAAGGUGUGGCACACCAGGCUUGGAAUUGGUUCUUACAUGCCUGGUGUUCAGGGCCACUUGGGUUUUCCAGUGUUAGGGAAUUGUUCAAGGAAAAAGUAAAAACUCAGUUUUUUAUUCAAGCAGGAUUUUUUCAGUGAAAAUGUGCAAGAAUGAUGAAACAUUUCAGAGCAGUUUCAGACAUUAUUUUGAAUGUCUUACCAACUCACUGGGAGGGUUGAGCAGGAUGUUAUGUACUGAAGUAAUCAAGGUUACUGCAAAAAUAAGGAAAAUAAGAUAGACAAAACAACCUGAAAUGUUGUGGGAUUCUCUCAUACUGGCAGCUGAACUAAAUCCAGCUGAACUAAACUCAGCUGAACUGAGUUUAAAAUGGGAUCUUUUCACUUGUUAGAAAGAAAGUGGUGUUUAAAAUAAAUGUAAAUACCUUGAGUAUUCCUCCUGUAAACAGGAGAAGUUGGAAGGUGUUUAGAAACCACAUACUGACAGCUGUAGUUUGGCUAUGAUUCCUUCCAAUGAUUAAUAAAACAUCCUAGAAAGGAACUUUUCCCUGCAUUUUCUUCCCUGGCUGCUCUGAACAUUGUAACCAAGGUCAUGGUGUAUCUAUGCAACCCAGUUGCCCAGCUGGGGUGACUGUGUGUGUGCCUUUGCCUUGCUGGACUUCCUUCAGCUUUUUCUUAUUCAGUUACUUCAUAUCAUGGGAGUGCUGGAAGCUUCCUGCUGUGGAAUUGCUCCACACCGGAGUUUACUCAGAGCUGUCCAUGAACUACUGAGGAUUCAGUGUCUGAAAGCAGACAGCUCCAGCUACUGUGUCUGGCUUUUCUAAUGUUAAAAAUGAUGCUGCUGUUAGACUGAUUUGGGCCAUUCUGGAAUUAGUUGAGGGUCAGACAGCAAUUCUGAGCUCCCACAUGGUUGAUUUUCCCAGUCUGUUGCCUUGCUGUGAGCCUUGGAGGGAUUUAAAAAUAGACUGGGGCUGAGGUUGCUACAACAGAAAGGUUAAAUAAGCUUCAUUAUUUUAUUGAUUGUUGUGGAGUUUUGAUCUUAUCCCAGGCUGGUGAACUCCAGAACCAGUGCAGAUUUCCACUGUUGUUUCUUGAAAAGAAUUAACAAAUACAAAGGUUUGACUGACAUAAUUAAAGUUAUGUCUGUGGGACUGUGGUGCAAAGAGGCUUAGGCAGAAAUAGGUGUUUGAGACAGGGAAUUUUUGCCCUGUUGACUCCACUCCAGGAGUUGCUGUGUAUUCCAGCCGUGCCAGUGUUUGGGGCUGGCAGCUCCUGUGUACAGAACUCCUGCCCUCUCCUGGGGAAAUGCUUUCACUCCUGGCUGCGAGCUGCAUCCAGAAAGGUUGACGUUAUAUUUUAAAUACAUACAUUUUUCUUACGGCAUUUGGAAAUGCUUAAAGCUGAAAGUUACUCUUAAAGCAAUAUUUGAGUUUCAUCCUUCCUCCCUUCCGGCUCUUCAAAACAUUUCUCUUCCCUGAGCAGCUCUGGCUCCUCACUCCGACCUUGUUUUGUCUCUGUAAGUUGACUGUUUGUAAAGUUCAUUUCAUGUUAAAUCACUUGUUUGUGCUUUUCUGGAACCUUAUUGCCAGUUAAAAUGUCAAUAUUUCUGCUGAUGAGCAGGCACAUCUAAAGUGAAACAUUGCUUGAUAUGUUGCUGGAUGGUUUUGCUCAGCAUUUUUAUCCUUUAUUUUUAAAACUGCUGGUUUCUGGUAGCUUUGUAUUCUUUAGAAUCCAAAACAAAGCCAUGCAAAGCUUCAGAUGAAAGGAGAGGGAAGCAAAACAAAAACAAGAACUUUAAUGUCAUGAUUGCAACGGGAUAAAACUUAUACAGUUGCCUUUGUGGAGAUCCUUGGAGCCAAAAAAUAGUGAAUUUUUGUUGAACAUAAUCAGCAGUUGUGUAUAGACAUAAAUUCUGAAACUGGUGCCGUGUAUAGAGAAGAGAAUAAUUUUUGUAGCUCUGGUUGAGUUCACUUUGAAAACUGCUUUACUUGUAUGGGACAGUUUGUAAAUGUAACUGCAGGUGGAAAAUAAAAUUGUACAGACAACUCA